AGGAGGAAUGUAAAGGGAGAAGGGCCAUGUAAAAGAGCACUGAUGACACAGCCAGCCAGUCCUCUUUCCGCACGAUACGACAACUACACCAACAUCAAGAGAUCCAUCAUUAACUCACAGGUAAAGAGAAAACUGCUCUCAGAAGAACCUCAAGUAAAGUAUGAGAUAACUAACCUAGAUGAGAAUCCUAAAUCUCCUCGAACCCCUAAACACCCCCCACUGCUACUUAAUCACAGAACCAACUGCUCAGAUACUACACAGCUCCCCUUUGGUCUCGCCAACAAAGCCCCGCCACAAACCCCGGCUACUCCCAAGACCAGUAAACGUCUGAGAAGCGACAGCUUCAGGAGUGAGAGGAGUGAGAGUUUUAGGAGCGAAAGAAGUAACAGUUACAAAAGUGACGGCUGUACAUCACCUCUAGAUUCACCAUUUUACAGUCCAGACAGCACCCCCUCGCUGAGUGGGGGUAGUCGAUGUAGGGCGUCUAAAUCACUCGGAGCUCUUACCGGCAGGUUCUGUCAGCUACUGGCUAGUUCUCGAGACAGCUCGCUAGAUCUCAACUACGCGUGCUCCAAGCUAGGUGUAGCUAAACGGCGCAUAUACGACAUUACGAAUGUGCUGGAGGGAGUGGGCCUGAUUGAGAAAACUACUAAAAAUCUUAUUAAAUGGAGGGAGAACACAGAGCAAGAUACGGACCCUGACAGUAUAGCUGAGAAAGAGAAACAGAAGAAAGUAACCCUCCUCCAAUCCGAAAUAUACUCCUUACAAUUGCAGGAGCAGCAUUUAGACAAGCAAAUAAUAGGAGCCCUAGUUCAGGAGCUGAAUCUCAUAGCAUCAGACAACUGCAAGGAGAACCACCCGAAAACAUACGUGGUUAACGAUGACUUGGAGGGUAUAGAAGAGUUCUGGGGUCAGAUUCUCGUGGCGGUUCCUGCUCCCAGUCAGGCUAAGUUAGAGUUCCUAGAUCCUGAGGGAACCGACUCGGAGAUCAGGAUAAAAGUGAGUAGCGAGGGUAUACCAUUUGACGUGUUCCCAGUGUUCCCCAAAGACCCAGAAGAGGCGGACACCACCAUCAAGACAGAGCCCCCGUCAGAACCUCCCGACACAGCGGGCCCCUCCUCUUCCUUUACCUCCUCCUUCCCCGCCCCUUCUCUCCAAUCAGCCGCUCCUUCUCACUCCUCUCUCUUCUCCUCCCCCCAAAAGAAAUCCCUCUCCAUGACCCCCAAGAAAACCCCCCUGAAAACCCCCGUCAAACUAGCUCGUCAGUCUCUAGAUUUCCCCUCCCCAACUUGUGCUCUAAAGUCCCCCUUUGGGUCGCCCUACAGGUCCUCACCCUACAAGUCUCCCUUCAAGAGGAAACUGUCUUUUGGGCUGCCAGCCAGUCCGGACCUCAACCUGGACUUUCUGUGCGGACUUGACGAUACGGAGGGGAUAGCUGAGCUGUUUGACAUGUGGUGAUCAGUCACGUGACCAGUUAUCUUCCAGAGAGAAGUUGAAGAGAGUUAAAGAAGGUACCUGUACACCUGUGUACUUCAACAUUUAUCGCAAAUUUCCUUGUAUAAAAAGUUUUAUGUUCUGCUGUUUACGUUUGAAAUGACUAUAAUAUGAUAUGAAUCUUGAUUUCCUCCGUUUAAAACGCAUUACUUUAUGUAAAUACUAGUAGUGAAUCUUGACUACAAGCUGCAUCGAGUAAUUUAAACGAUGAGAUUACAUUUCAAUGUAAUUAUUUUAGAAUGUAGCCCUCUUGUUCAACUUUUACGGGGUUUUGAAUUUCGCUGACUUUUUAGUGUUUUACAUAGACCGUUACCAUGGUUACAGUUACCAUGGUUACAGUUUCCAUGGUUACAGUUACCAUUGUUACAGUUACCAUGGUUACAGUUACCAUGGUUACAGUUACCAUGGUUACAUUUACCAUGAUUACAGUUACCAUGGUUACAGUUGUUUUUACUUAUGUUUAGCUGUUAAUCGUAAUGCAGAAUAAUAUGUAGUUAGUGCUCAUUUAGCACUUACUAGCACUAAUUAGUGCUAGUAAGUCCUCAUUAUUCAGUAGUUUUAGUAAAGUAUUAAUGGUUAACAUUAACGUUGGAUAGGUUUAUAUUAGAUGGUUUACCGAUGUUCGUAUGAAGUGAAGAGCUCACAUGGGGUACUGGAAAUGACAGGAGCUCAUCUGUAAUUCUGAAACAAAGUGCUUUGAGUGCUAUUGUAAGACAUCUGUUCAUCAAACCAAUUUAAUCGACAAUGUUUUAGAAAUUUGCUCAACUACAAGCGAUGCUGCGAAUUAGAUAGUAGUUUGUCGAAUUACGUUUAAUUAAAUGUUCCGUCACUGUCAAGAUGAUGCAAAAGUCAAUGUUUUACUUAAGUUAUUUAAGAGCAGCAGGAAUGUGUUAGUACAUGAAAUCUAAACGUCCUUAUCUCCUUAUUUCAUAUGAGUCACAUGUUGAUAUCGCACAGUGCGCGCCACGUGAUUUGCACGUGCAUAACACAUGAUACCGGAGCACACGCUGGUAUCGGGUAAAGGGAGACUGUUCUUAAAGUUUGCCUCAAAUCAAAAUGGGGGUUUUAUAUCUUAUCAUUCUUAAAUCUGUAAUUAUUACUUGUAUCUUUUAUUUGUCUGAAAUCUA